AUGCGUGAUCCUCGCGCCGACUACAUACUUCCCCAGCGGCUCGGCCUCGCUUUCAGCGCCCACGGCUUCUGCGGUGUCGAGGAUUGUGCGGGGCUGCUGAUAGAUGCGGGCCAAGCGACGUCCAACUCCACGGUCAGCGAGGUGGAAACCAAUAUCGCUGAGUCGCUACUGGUGCUUCGAAAGUGGCCACCCUCCCAGGUCCUAAAGAUCACCUCCGUUGUGGAGCGUUACAUCAUGUUAUCUUCUGCCACCACCGAUCAUACCGAGCACCAUCGUCGUCCAACUGGGAAUACCAUCAGGAUCAAGGUUUUCAAAGGCAUUAGGGACGGGUCAGAGGUUCCAGAGGAAUUCCUAGACGACAUUGAGUUCACCACCGAGCAACUGGAGAGCACCGCACCUACCGACAAGACUCGACUGAGAUUCUUCCGCCAGUACCUGGACCUGGAGGAGUACGCUUCCAAUAGGUGGAACCUGGAUGUUCCUCAGGCCGACAAGAAGGAUUGUCAGAAGGUUGUCGCAGCCUUUAAGGGCAAGUUUGGAAAUGGGCAACAAGCGGGCCAGAAAACGGGUGAACUACAGAAUGGGAUAGCCAGCCUUGCCCAGGGUGAAUCGGAAUCCAUAGCGGCAGUUCAGCAACCUUUUAGCGAUGCGUUUUGUUCGAGCAAUUUCGGCCGUUUCCCAGACAAAUGCACAGUGGAAACAAUCCUGCCGGUCGAAGAACAACGAGACCUGAAAAGGAAGAUUCUGACAGAACUGGCCAAAGCAAAACAACAAGCGAAAAUUGAGGAAGCAGCUACCAGUUUCAACGCGCUGCUGGUGUACAAGUAG